ACCACCAAAAGCAUCCAUCCACCGGAGGUGAAAUUAUCCAGGAAAAAGCUGAAAGGUUUGGUUUAGAUGAUAGAAUAAGUGGGCUUCAAGAUAAAGCACAGAAAAAAAACAUGAUAAUGAUGAGCAAGGUGAAAAUGUGAUGGAUCCUAUUUCUGAAGACUUAGAUGUUCUGGGAACAGUUACCAACUUGUCUUCUGAUGAUCAAUCAAAUGUGAAAGAUUCCUUUUCUGAUGCAGGGCAACAAAUAACUGAAAUCAUACAAGUUGAAAUGUCUCCAAAUGCUGGAUUAGCAGACACUAGAGGUGAGAACUGUAAAAUCCUGUCAAAAUUUUCACUGGAAGGUACUGAGGAAUAUGACAAGCAAAUGGACUUAUAUUUGAAGAAGAAUCACCUGGUUAUGUAUGAUCAUCACAUUGAUAAAGAGUCUUCAAUCAAACAAGUUCCUGCAGAGGAAGAGAAUACUAUCGCUUUAACAUCACAUGAAGUAGAACUUCAAGAACCGUCACAUACACAUUCUCAUCACGAUGAGCUUGUUGAAGUUCUUGAAGAACAAUCACUCCAACACAAUGAAUCACUGCAAAGAAGGGAUCUUCUGGAUACUGAUACACUCCCUUCCAUGGAUGAUGAUAUCAGUUCAGAUAAAGAAAAGGAAAAACAUGAAAAAAUGUUAGGCGGAGUCAGCACUGAUAGUGGAGAUGGAGAUGAAUCAGGGAGCAGUGCGGGAUAUGCAUCAGAGAUAACAUAUAAUUCUUCUAGUAUCGAUGAAGAAAGCAAUUGCAGCCGAUUGUCCGACGUCGAUCAUAUUACUGAUCUUUCCAUGGAUUCAACACCAGAAUCUGAUAUGGUGGAUAACCGACUAAAGUUUGACAGUGAGGACAAGGGCAAGGAACAUCAAGAAGAAAGAAAAUUGAGCAUAAGUGGAUCAGAAAUGGAGAAUUCACAAGAUUUUGAGGCUGACCUCCCUAAUGGAGACUACAAUGGAGAUGGGAAUGCAGUUCUUGCUCCGGGUGUGUAUGGGAUUAGUGACCUUGAUCAAGUUGAAGAACCCAAAGUUACUGAGAAUGGACACCAUUUUGUUGUGUGCAUUAAUAACAACAGAACUUCAGACGAAAUUAGCACUACUCCAGCUCAAGAGGAUUUUACGGUUCCUGAAGCUGAAGUAGAUGAAAUUAUCUCAGGCUCAACAGUCGUAAAUUCCAGACCUGAAGAUGAAGAAAAUAAUGAGGAGAAGGUUCUUGAAGAAAUAGACAAAAGGCCAGAAGCUUCACAUACCCUGUUAAAAGGUUUAGAUUUUUUAACUUCAGGUCCGAAAGAAUCUCAAACCCUGCAGGAUUCUUCUACGUUACAUAUCCAUAGUCACCAAGAGGACAACGUUAGCCAAGGCACGAGCUUUACUUCUACUAGCCUGCAAGCUUCAGAUUGGAAGCAAGAAAAUGGAAGCAAGUCCCUUGGUGGCAUAGGUAACAACCUUGAUUCUUCAGAUUUGACUGUGCCAGCUCUGGACAUAGUUGAUGAUGAAGCAUUUGAGAAAGAAGAGAAAGACUAUUCCGAUCAAGCAGAAGCAGCUUCACUAAAAGAAGCAGAAAUAAUAACUUCAGAAGCCAAUCUGUUCAGUGUUCCACUUCUUAGCAAUCCUGUAUUUGCAAAUGGAGCUCAUGAAGUUAUGGAGAGUACAACAAGGUAUAGCACGGAAUCAAACCCUGAGAAUCCAAAUGUCUCUUGUCUGAUGCAAAAAUCUCCAAGUUUCAAUCUCAAUCUCCGAAUAGAAGUGUCAAAGGAAGAAUCAGAUCACAUUCCUUUGCUCCAUCAGGGUAAGACUGCAACCGAAAGUUUGUCAAACCAGAGCAUUCUAAAUCUUAUGCCUUGCACCGAAUAUGAACAACGCGUAGUACAGCAUGAAGAAGAAAUGCCAGUGGAGGAGAAAAUAGUCACUAUGGAAAGAAGUUACUCUGAAAAAUUCCAUGCUCCAUUCUUAGGUCUCUUGAAAGAAGAAGAAGAAGCUCAUCUUCUUGUCAUGCCAAAGAAACAAGAAAACCAAGCUGGUAGUGCGAAGGAAGAGAAAGAAAUGGAUCAUAAUUUGCCUAAAGGAAAAGAAAAACGCAAGCCAAGGCCUUCAUUCUUCAGCAGCUGCAUGUGUUGCGUGACUUUGACAAACUAAACACACUUACAGAAAUUGCUUAUAUGAGCCUGCUUCAGUUUUUCUGCUUUGUUGGUGCUGAGUUCUGAGUUCUGGUUCUGAUUUUUUUUUUUUCCUUCCUUUUUUGGAACUGAAUUUUUAAUGUGAAUUCUGAAGAGAUAUAUUGGUUUGCAGCAUGGUGAGAUGAGUUAAUUUUCACUUCUUUCGACAGACUUCAUAAAAGUGGAAAGAAGAAAGAGUGAGGAAUUUUACCGAGGCAACUUUAUUUUCUCUUUUGAUAUCUGAUUUUCAUAUUUGUAACUAACAAGGACAUGCCAUGUUUGACACAUUUAGACACUUGUACUGUGGUUCUUUUAA